CAUGAUCCUGUGCAUCACCUGAUUAUGACGGGCUUCUGCACUCGGAAGCUAAGGUGGAUGCUAGUCUAUCGCGAAUGAUUUAAAUUUCACAUAUUCUUAUGUCAAUACUGCAGCUCAGAAACACCAGUUGUCUAUUUGUCCUCUCAGAUUAGACGUACGCGAAGAAAAGAAAUACGGUAGUGAAACUUUUACGGGUGGUGUUUGCAAUUGGCAGCUAGCUAGCUGCUAGCUGUUUUGACAUGUCAUCUUAGGAUCGGUUCCUUGCUAAACGUUUUAUGUGCGUUAUCUGAAUUCAUUUAGUCUUAAAAUACAUUAAUGCACAUGUAAUCAUGGCUUCAAUUCUUGAUGAGUAUGAAGACUCUCAAAACAUUAGGCAAAGUUCACAACAGCAUAACCGCCUGUCUACUGCCAACAUUGGAAUAACACAUUCAGGCUUUGUGAACGUGAGACUUGAGGAAGAGAAGCCAAUAUUCAACAAACAAAGGAUCGAUUUUACUCCACCCGAGAAGAUAAACCAUCUGGCAGUCUGCAACAAUCAACUAUGCAUGAGUCUGGGAAAGGACACUUUGUUGAGAAUUGACUUGGCCAAACCAGAUCAGCUCAAUCAGACUGAAUUGGGAAGGAAAGAUGACAGUAAAGUGCACAGGCUGUUCUUGGAUCCCACAGGCUCCCAUCUGUUGAUCAGCCUGAGCACCAGUGAGUGUCUUUACCUCAACAGGAACACCCAGAAGGUCCGCAGUCUGUCCCGCUGGCGAGGCCACCUCAUCGAGAGCGUGGGUUGGAACAAGCUGCUGGGCAAUGAGACCAGCACAGGUCCCAUACUGGUUGGCACAAGCCAAGGCAUCAUCUUUGAGGCCGAGAUCUCUGCAAAUGAGGGCAGCCUGUUCAACACCAAUCCAGAUCAAUACUUCAGACAGGUCCACUCCCUAGAAGAAGAUUGCAAACCUGCACCAGUCUGCUGCCUGGAGAUAGAGCGAGGCCUGGAGAACAAAUAUUUCAUCAUAGCCACCACGCGCAAACGCCUGUUCCAGUUUGUGGGUAAGGUGGCCGAGGGAUCGGAGCAACAAGGCUUCAGCUCAAUCUUCAAUCAAAAUCAGGAUCUGCUGCCCAGUUUCCAGGAGUUCCCAGCCAACAUGGGUUACAGUGAGAUCACCUUCUACACCUCAAAGCUUCGGACAUCCCCCAAGGCUUUUGCCUGGAUGAUGGGUAAUGGAGUUCUUUAUGGUCAGCUGGACUACGUCAGGCCCGAUUCUCUGCUGAGUGAUGUGCAGGUAUGGGAGUACACCCCGGACAUUGACCUAAGCAUCAACAAACCCAUCUCCAUUGUCCUGACACAGUUCCACUUCCUGCUCCUGCUUCAUGACCGAGUUAAGGCCAUCUGCACUCUGAAUGGACAGGUGGUAUAUGAAGAUGUGUUCCCUGAUAAAUUUGGCACCCUCAAGAGGAUGAUCAAAGAUCCUGUGGGAGGGUUAGUGUGGAUCUACACUGAACGGGCAGUGUUCCGAUAUCACAUUCAGCGAGAGGCCAGGGACGUCUGGCAGAUGUACAUGAGCAUGAAUAAAUUCGAUCUGGCCAAAGAGUACUGCCGUGACCGGCCUGAGUGCAUGGACAUGGUGCUGGCAAAGGAGGCUGAGCACUGCUUCCAGAAUAAGCGAUACCUGGAGAGUGCCAAGUGCUACGCACUAACACAGAAUUACUUUGAAGAGAUAGCACUCAAGUUCAUUGAAGCAAAACAAGAAGAGGCCUUGAAAGAAUUCCUACUGAAAAAGCUAAAUAAUCUUAAACAGAGUGAGAGAACACAGAUCACCCUGCUUGUCACCUGGCUAGCAGAACUCUACCUAAACCGCCUCGGGCAACUGGAGAGCGAUGGCAACAGCAUCAUCUUCCAGGAAACCCGUGAUGAGUUCCGCCAGUUCAUUAGCAGCUCCAAGCACAAGGAGUGCCUAUUCAACAACCGCAGCACCAUCUACGACCUGCUGGCCAGCCACGGCAACGUGGAUGACAUGGUUUACUUCUCGGUAGUCAUGCAGGAUUAUGAGAGAGUGAUAUCCCACUACUGCCAGCAUGAUAACUACAGCGCAGCUCUGGAUGUACUUGCCAAGCACUGUGAUGAAAAACUCUUUUAUAAGUUCUCCCCUGUACUCAUGCAGCAUAUUCCCAAAAAUGUGGUUGAUGCAUGGAUUCAGAUGGGGAAGAAGUUGGACCCAAAGAAGCUCAUUCCAGCUCUGAUGAACUACAGCCAGAUGGGCAGCACCCAGCAGAUCAGUGAAACCAUCCGCUACAUGGAGUUCUGUGUGUAUGAGCUGAACGUGACAGAGGAGGCCAUCCAUAAUUAUCUGCUGUCGCUUUAUGCAAAGUACAAGCCAGACUCUCUGUUGUGGUAUCUGGAGCAGGCAGGUACACACACCUCUGAGAUCCAUUAUGACCUAAAGUAUGCCCUCAGGCUCUGUGCAGAGCAUGGCUACCUCCGGGCCUGCGUACUGGUUUACAGGAUUAUGGAGCUUUAUGAGGAGGCCGUGGAUCUUGCUUUACAAGUUGAUGUAGACCUAGCCAAGUCAUGUGCUGACCUUCCUGAGGAUGAUGAGGAAAUGAGGAAAAAGCUUUGGCUCAAGAUUGCCAGGCAUGUGGUGCAGGAGGAGAAAGAUGUGAAAAAAGCCAUGAACUGCCUGUCCAGCUGCAACCUGCUCAAGAUAGAAGACAUCUUGCCUUUUUUUCCAGACUUUGUCACCAUUGACCACUUCAAGGAGGCCAUCUGCAGUUCCCUGGAGGAGUAUAAUCAGCACAUUGAAGAGCUGAAGCAGGAAAUGGAGGAGGCCACAGAGAGCGCUAAACGAAUCAGAGAAGACAUCCAGGAAAUGAGGAACAAGUAUGGUGUUGUGGAUUCCCAAGAAAAGUGUGCUGCUUGUGACUUUCCAUUGCUUAACAGGCCCUUCUAUCUGUUCCUGUGUGGGCAUAUGUUCCACUACGACUGCCUGUUCCAGGAGGUGUCACCUCACUUAUCAGCCUACAAGCAGAGUCGCCUGGAAGAGCUGCAGAAGAAACUGGCUGCAACAACCCAAUCCUCAAAAUCACGCCACCGUCCAGCACCAAAGGAAGAAGGAGACACUUCCAGCCUGGGAAAGGGCAAUGCGGGUACAAGCCGUGAGCAGAUAAUAUCAGACAUUGACGACAUCGUUGCAUCGGAGUGCGCGUACUGCGGCGAACUGAUGAUCAAAUCUAUUGACAAGCCUUUCAUCGAUCCACAGAAAUUUGAGGAAGAGAAAUCCAGCUGGCUGUGAAUAAGGACUUCUUUUUAUUUUCAAUUUGAAAAUGAGACAAACAGCAGCCUACAAUUUGUGUGUGAGCAGCAGUACAUCAUUCAAAGACAUUCACCUGAUUGCCUGUUGGUAGUGCCUGCUCCUGACAACUUCGGCUCAUCACAGCUUGUUCUGCUGUUGGAAAGAUCUUUGCACUUGUGUGUUUAUAGAAAAAAAUGGACACAAAUUUACAAUGUGGGCAGUGAUGUACAACAGUGAAUUAAUAUCAGAUAUUGCCUGGACUGUUCGAAUGCCUGAAGACAUGUAUAAAGGAUGUAAAUGCAUUGCACCUAUUUUAUCUGUUAAAUGCAUUAGGUUAUGUAUUUUUUGGCACAUUAUUAACAAAGCUUAGACAAGGAUAUGUGUUAGUGUUAUUUCAUAUGAAAUUGAACUGUGACCCAUCAGAACUUGACAGUUUUGAUGGAAAAUUGGUCUGUUUAAAAUGUAAUAAAUAUUUAAAAAUUCAUUUUAUGUCUGGGCUGUAUUAAAAUAAGUCUAAACAUA